AUGAGUACCGCGAGUCCCAACCGAACCGAUGGACUAAAGGGAACAAUUGAACAGUACUUUCCUCGAAUCCAUGAAUGUCCAAUUAGGCAGUCCUUGAAUACCUUCAGAUCAAUGCUCAGCCGAGCUCACAUAUACAUAGUUCGUAUCACUGAGUCUGUUCACUGUAUCACUCGUUUCACUAGCUUUGGCCCCGACGCUGUCCGCGCUCACUUCCGCAUGUUGCAACGCGCGCUUGCGCCUAUCGCCGUGCGCAAUACGGCCGCGUUUAACUGCCGAAUGUCGAGAGGCUCGCUCGCGAAUGCCGCCGCCGAAAACUCAACUCCGUUCGAAUGCAGAAAAUUUGGACGCGCCGGGUGGGGGGCGCUGUGCGAGUACGACUAUCCGAAACUGAGCGUACGUGCAGCGCUUCACUAUGAAAAAAUCCAAGGUUAA